CAUAUGCCAAACUUGUGCAUUGUUUUCAUUUGUGAUGCUUUAGUGGCAUUUCAUGGCGGCAAAAAGUAUACAAAAAACAAAAUCUAAAUUUGUGGUGAAAAUGGCGGAUUUGUGUGAAAAAAAGUGGACCCAUGACAGGAAGAAAUUACUUAUAGAAAUAAGAUUGAAGUACGAGCCAGAUUUCGGUGCAAAAAAAAAAAAAGAGGAACACACUUUGGGAGCAAAUAAUGCGGGAUGUGAAGGGAAUAGAUAACACAUUCCCAUUCUCCAAGGACGAAAGUACCAGAUGUUUUGUAAAUAUAAUGGGCACCUACAAACGUAUAAAAAAACGCAACAACACAUCUGGGGAAGGCGCAACAAAUUGGGAAUUUUUCCAAACAUUGGAUGAAGUUUUCGGCAGCCGCAGUAGUGUCCUUGUGCCUGAUGCCAUGCUGGAAUCUUCCCUUAAUUCCUUAAUGCAAGAUUUAAGUAAUGAUCCACCCGAUAGCCCUACGGUGCUGGACUUAGAUGCAACAUUACCUAGUACUAGCACUCCAAGAAAUAAACUAACAAGAAAAAUGAAUGUGUUAGAGUUUUUAAACAAGGAAUCGGAAGAAGAUGCCAAAGUUAUGAAGAAAUUGCUGGACACGGAGGCAGAGAAGCUAGCAGUGGAGAAAGAAAAAUUGGUCGAAUUGAAAGAAAUUCGUACACUGUUCCAGAAAAUACUCGACAAAUCUUAGAAUUCGAGUAUGUUUCAUAUUAAAUUUUAAGUGCAAUGAAUUGUUUUUUGUUUAUUUUUUUUCCUAUAGGUUGGUACGCAGCUCUCAAGUAAUUGCUCAAGAACAAAAAUACAUUAUUUCUCAAGUAAUGUUGACAGCUGGUUACGCAUUGUGAAUGAUCCACAUUAGAAGAGCAAGAGAGAAUAAACAAAGUAAACAAACUUUGUGCGUAUGCAUGUAUGUAUGUAUGUGUAUGGUAACACAAAUAUUUUCAUUGAGAUUUAAGGAAUGUUGUUGAUGAUUGGUUGGUUUUAUACAACAUUUCAAAAUGGAAUAUACUUUAUAAUAAUGAUUUCAACUAAUUUAGGAUGAAUUUGACGAUUACUUCGAAUUUCCUUCAAGAAACAAUUGUUGAUUUGAUGUUUCUUCGCAAAACCAGGUUUGCCAUAUUCACAUUUUAUUGAAAAAAAGUAUUAAAAAUUAGUACUAGAUUUCUUGAGAGCUGCGUACUAGCACAAGUAAGCUUAUCGCAGGAACGUUUCUGGACCGUUUCUUAAGCGUUUUUUUAUAUGAAGUUUUUACGUUUCUUGAGAGCUGCGUACUAA